GCCAUUGGAGGUUGAUACAACGUUUUGUCAUCUCCUUCUUUUACUCUCUCUCUCUCAAAUCUUUUCAUGCGCAACCAAAUAGAAUCAUAAACUCUUAAAGAACAUAACUAAAACUUCUGAUCUAUAAACCAACCAUAGAUUCUUGGGACACUUCUUUGUUUCGACAGAUUCUGAUCCGUUAUAGUUGUUUCAAACGACACGGUUGAAACGUUUUCUCUUAUAUAAAAUAUCAUACUCCCUUUCUUUCUCCUCCUUCUCUAUCUUGAAAACUAGGGCUCUUCAAGAUCCUUUGUGAAGCUAAAUGGGUGUUGAGAAAAUGGUGUGUUUGGUUUCUCGCACUGGUCGUCAGUUUCAGAGAUACAACAAAGGUCGUCGUCAAGUCGUCGGAUGUAUUCCGUACAGAUUCAAGCUAUCAAGCGAUGGAAAAUUUAGUGAUGAAUUAGAAAUUCUUGUUAUUUCUUCUCAGAAAGGUCAUGCCAUGAUGUUCCCAAAGGGUGGUUGGGAGCUUGAUGAAUCUGUAGAAGAAGCUGCCGCAAGAGAAUCUCUUGAAGAAGCUGGAGUUCUUGGCAAUAUUGGGCAUCAAUUAGGAAAAUGGGAUUUUUUGAGCAAAAGCAGAGGAACCUACUAUGAAGGACUAAUGUUCCCUAUGCUUGUUACAGAACAACUUGAUCUUUGGCCUGAACAACAUGCUAGGCAAAGAAUCUGGAUGAAUGUAGUUGACGCUAGAGAAGCUUGUAGAGAUUGGUGGAUGAAAGAAGCAUUAGAUGUUUUGGUUGAGAGACUCUCAUCGCCAAUAAAUCAACCAAAGGAAAAUAAGACAAUUUCAAUCUCUAUCGAAACAAUGUGCUGAUGAUUUGCUAAAAAAAAUUCUGCUGAUUGUGAUGGGAGUUUGUGGACUAGUGGAUCUCUGUAGAUAUAAAUAGAUGUGGUCUCCAAUUAGAAUUGAGAGAAUGAUUUGAAGAGCAGAAACAAAAAAGAUGGGUAGAUCUUUUAGGUUUAAUUUGAAGCAAUGAAAAAACAUCAUGUGAUUUAAGAAGUCUUGUGUGUUGUGUUUAUAACGUUUCUGCAAGAUUUACUUAAGGGAUGAUGAAGGAUUAGGAAGAUAAACAAAGAGUGCAAGCAAGACCUGUACAAUUGUGUUUCCCUCUGUUUAUUUUUUAUUUUCAUCUCUUUGAAUUUGCAAUAGAGACAUUUGAUUUCAUGAUGA